CACAGAGAUAGCAUGUGGGCGGAUUGGUUAUAAGCACAAUUACACAGCGUAAACCUGACUUGGGAUACUCAAGAAGGCAACAAAACCCCUGGGGUGUUGUAAAUACAGCCCGGUUUGUCGUUCACUGACAGAGAUCAAAAGGGUAUGUCACCAAAGAGCUCUUCGUACCAGAUGAAAAAGGACUGACACGCUCCAUCCGAACGCCUGAGAUCUUCCUUGGUGGAACCAAGGACAGCAGAGGACAGGGCGCCUUUGUUCCGUACCCAUUUUUCCUGUGUGUGUGGUCCCACGAGCGUUCAAAACUGUUUCUCCAAAGGUUUUUACAGAAACUCAGACUGUUUUCCAAAGCAGAAGCACAGCCGUCCCAGGCGGAAGUGAUGGGAAGCGUGCGAGCGAACCGCUACAGCAUUGUGUCGUCCGAGGAAGACGGGAUGAAGCUGGCCACCAUGGCGGUGCCCAAUGGCUACGGCAACAGCAAGGGCAAAGUGCACACCAGGCACCAGAGCCACAGCCGCUUCGUCAAGAAGGAUGGCCACUGCAAUGUUCAGUUUGUUAACGUGAGUGAGAAGAAACAGCGCUAUCUGGCCGACAUCUUCACCACCUGCGUGGAUAUUCGCUGGCGCUGGAUGCUUGUUAUCUUCUGCCUUGGCUUCGUGCUCUCCUGGCUCUUCUUUGGCUGCGUCUUCUGGCUGGUGGCUCUUCUCCAUGGUGACCUGGAUGCCGGGGCCCCAAAGCCCUGUGUCUCGCAGGUCAGCAGCUUCACAGCGGCUUUCCUCUUCUCCAUAGAGACGCAGACCACCAUUGGGUACGGCUUCCGCUACGUGACAGAUGAGUGCCCCAUCGCCGUCUUCAUGGUGGUGUUCCAGAGCAUCGUGGGUUGCAUCAUCGAUGCCUUCAUCAUCGGGGCUGUAAUGGCCAAGAUGGCCAAGCCCAAGAAGAGGAACGAGACACUGAUCUUCAGCCACAAUGCAACGGUGGCCAUGCGAGACAACAAGCUCUGUCUGAUGUGGCGCGUGGGCAACCUACGUAAGAGCCACCUGGUGGAGGCCCAUGUGCGGGCGCAGCUCCUCAAGUCCCGGACCACAGCUGAGGGGGAGUACAUCCCUCUUGACCAGAUUGACAUUGAUGUGGGCUUCGACAGCGGCAUUGACCGCAUCUUUCUGGUGUCGCCAAUCACCAUCGUUCACGAGAUCAAUGAGGAUAGCCCCUUCUAUGACAUGAGCAAGCAGGAACUGGAGGCCUCGGAGUUUGAGAUUGUGGUCAUCUUGGAAGGCAUGGUGGAAGCCACUGCCAUGACCACCCAGUGUCGCAGCUCCUACCUGGCCAGUGAGAUCCUCUGGGGUCACCGCUUUGACCCAGUGCUCUUCGAGGAAAAGAACUACUACAAAGUGGACUACUCACGCUUUCACAAAACCUAUGAGGUGCCUAGCACGCCCCUAUGCAGUGCCAGGGACCUCGCGGAGAAGAAGUACAUCCUGUCCCACGCCAACUCCUUCUGUUAUGAGAAUGAGGUGCCGCUUUUGAGCAAGGAGGAGAUGGGGGACAUUGGGGGUAGCUUGGGGCCAGAAGGCACCAGUACAGACUCUAACUCUGACAUUGACCACACUCAGGCCACUGUGCCCCUGGAGCCUAGACCUUUGAGACGAGAGUCAGAAAUAUGACUGUAUGACCUUUGGAAAAAAAUUGAAAAGAAAUAUGUUCAAAGGCACAUUGAGCUGAACUGGACCCAAAAACAAAAACAGAUUUCGGCCAACGGUACUGCUGAGUGGCUUAGAUUGAGGACUUGAACUGGGAAUGGAAAGACACACAGACAGAAAGUUACAAGGCUCAUGUGAUGAAUAUGAACAAAGCUGUUCUGUAAGACAGCAAACUUGUAUUUAUUUGUAUACAAAAGGAAAUGAUUAUACUUCUGUGUGUGACUAAGGGGAGUGGUUGAUGUAAGGAUAAGGUUUUUACAAAACUUGAAAAAGGCAGGCAUGUGUCUUUGGUUAUCUGUCGAGCCUAAUUUAAAGCAGGACAAGACGGGUCGAGUAGCAUGACACCAAGUAUAUCUGCCUUACUCUUUUAAUGCUGCUAUUAAAAUGAAACAAAACCUAUAAAAAAUACAUAUAUUAAGAACUUUACAUAGUGAAGACGGAUAGAUAAUUUGUCUGCAAAUAUGUGAAAAGUAAAUUAUAAAACCGCUGUUGAAUGGGAAUUAGUGGAUUGAAAGCUACUCAUACCAAAGAUAUUGCAUGAUUUGCACAUGGUAUUGAUGGAGUACAAAGGGGUUCAUUGGCACCAGGUUAGAGCACUUACUGCACGCUUUGUUUUUAGGUCAGAUUUCUGUUGUACUAAGUUAGUGUAAGACCUUUAGGGAUUCUUUUUUAAAGAAGGCUGAGUACUUUCUUCCACACUCUGAAAGGGACCUCUAGGUCUUACACCUGUUCCGUCCCGUCAGCUGACUCCUGCUGAGGGCUGGAGUAUUUGUGGGGUUAAUGAAGGGCCACGUGUCUAGAAAAGCUGAGUGCAUAACUUCUCCCUAGAGACACGACCUGGUAUGUUGCGAGAAAAAAAAAACACUGCCAGAGCAUUAAAAUGUAUUUGUAUUAUUAUUAGUAUUAAUAUUAUUGUUAUUGCUAUUAAUAUUAUUAGUAGUAGUAUUAUUUGGCCACGAAUUAGGACAGUAUAGCACACGGAUAUAGCAGAGCUAUAGUAUGGUGUUGUUGAAUGCCGCGAUAUACAAUAACAAUAAUUGCUACUAUUUCUAUUGAAUCCAGGCUUACAUCUAGUUUUAGAAAUCUUCCCGCCAAGUUUCCUCUGGCAGUGAGCUGGUCUCUUGCCACAGAGGUGCGCUUGGUUGCUUAGGAACAGGGAGAUUGACAGUCCCAUUUGUAUUAAUCUCGGGGGGGGGGGGGGCUUGUGCAGCUCCAGGCUUUGAAUACAUGGUAGGCCACAAAGCAAUACACAGUUCAGAGUAGGAGGGGCAAACAUAUACAAGAGUGUAUGCUACUGAAACCCAUCUUUUUCUAGUCUCUAAGUGUAGCAUCUUUUUGCAACAUGAGCCUCCAACCCAGUCUCAGACCCUCUCCAAAUAAAACAGCAGAAUGCUGCAAACACAAGCAGCGUUUUGUAAUAUUAUAGCCUGCCUGGCCGAGUUGGUUGGCUGGGUGCCUCUUUUAGAAGAGGAUCGCACUAGUGGCAUUACAGAGGACUGUCUCAACUGGGUAGAAGUAAUAAUGAGAGUGUGUCUGCGUCUGGGCAACAAAACGAAGCCGGGAAGCAGAUCUAGGGAAUUGAUCAGGAGAACUUGAAUUCAGCUUUCUCGAGAAAGUGAAUGUUAAAAAGUGCUGCUACGUUGUAUAUUGUUAGGAUAACAAAUGAUUAAAGCCAAAGAGUAUUCAUUGUCUCAGACAUAACAUUUUAUUUAAAAAAAAAAAAGAAAGAAAACUAACACAAAUAAUAGAAACAAACUAAAAUAUUAGGAAACUUUUUCUAUGUUUUGUUGGGAAAAUGCAAAACUAACUAGAAUAAAAAAACACUAUGUUUGUCAAAUGAUGUACGUGUUUAAAGUUGAUCAAAUAUUUUCAUAUUUAUAGCCAAAUGUAAAGGAUUUCUGUAAGAUGUAAAUGGUAAAGGUAAAGGGUAGUGCUCUAUUGCUGCAGGUUAGCACAUUUAUUACCUGUUCAUGUCAAACCUUAUAGGUUCCCUAGAGCUUUAUUUAUUAUUUAAGCAUGAUAUUUUUACAAUUAAAGCCAUUUUUUUGGAACAGCCUUGUCAAAAGAGCAGUUAAUCGCAAUGCAAACCCCCACACAAAGUGCAUUGCAUGUCUGCCUGUCCUUUGUCUUUGCUUGUGACAGGGUGUAAGCAUUUACUGGCUUGCAAAAGGCAUUGUUUUAAAAUGUAUUUACAAUACGAUGCUGGCUGAUGGCGUGGCAUGUAUCAUUAUUAUGAUCAUUUGAGAUUUUAUUAUAACAUGCAUUCCAAAACCCAAUUCAAGAAUAUGUGCCCUAGUGACUGCACACUAAUCAAUCUUGUGCUUUUGUUGGGUAGUCUUUCCACACAAAUCCAGCUUCAGCCAAUGCUCCAAGCCAGAAAGUAUGUUGUAUGUUGUAAUAUAUAGUUUGUAUAAAACAACAGUGGGGAUGGCUUCAUAUUAGGAAACACAUCUUACAUGCAUACUGUAUGUGAUAUGUAUUGGGUUUCCAUAUGCUUCAGCUAAGGACAACUAUACAAGUUGGUAAAAUCAAGCUGUUUACAUUUCCCUGUCUCUCCAGCGUAAGGACAAAGGAUUGCCUAGUAUUUCCUUUAGGUUUUUGUGGAAGAUGACAAGGUUGAAAGCCAAAAGUAUUGUAAUGUAUUUUCUAAGUGGCUUCUGCCAGCCAUAGUUUCCAUACGGUUGCUUUUCUUUGUGAUUCUCUUGAUUUGCAGCCUCAGCAGCACUGCAUCGCUUCCCUUUUUCCUGUAGAAAUCGCCUUUCAUUUGCAGCCUUCUGAAUCAGAGUCUUCCUAUUUCACUGCAAAUUCCCUGGAGUGUACAGAUUUGUUUAUAUUAAUAUUAUUGUUAUUAUUAUUGCUGUUGUUGUU